AUGAUAACAGGCUUCGAGCUUCAUCCCGACUCUAGCACAGUGCUGAAAAAAAACAGCCACUUUCGUUUCCAUUGUAAUAUUAUUUCGCCUGUGGAAACUGAUACACCGUAUGACGCGUUUCACGGUUUAAGAAGAGCAAACGAAGAGCUUGAGCUGCUGAAGGACGAAGCCUCUUCAGUGAUCAAGUUCAGCUAUAACAUUAUAAGUAAGCUUCAAGAGGCCAUUGCAUCUGUGCCCGAAACUAUACGAGCACCUUCGAACGCAGAAUCUUGGCAAGGAAAGCAAGGCAUGAGUAAGCUUUGGAAGGAAAAGUUAGAGCGCGCAGAGGCGUGGAUGGAAGAGCAGCAACGACUUCUAGGCAGAAUUGCCAAUGGAUCAGCUUCCAUUGAUGCUGAUAUGUUGUCCAGAGGUGCGUCAGUAGUGGUACGAGGUGUUCAGCAGGAUGACGAAGAAGGUAGACAGGAGACGGAAGAAUUAGCGCCUGACAUAGAGGCAGAGAAUGACGACGACGACGAGGAGUUGAUCGACGAUAAUGACGACAUACUCAUGAACAUGUUUCCUGUGGAUGAAAUCCCGGUAUAG